UUGCGUCCGCCUUGAUAUCCAACUAUCAACAUCAAACUAUAUCACUUUCGUCAUGGCUCACAAAGACAAAGACCCUCAAGCCAUUGCGCUAGCUGAGGCUGAAGCCCAGAGGAGAAUGGCAGAAUAUAUCGACAAGAUCCACUAUUCUGAUCGGUACUCAGACGAGGAAUAUGAAUACCGCCACGUCAUUCUGCCCAAACCGCUUAUGAAGACAAUUCCAAAGGACUUGUUCAAUCCUGACAGGAGUGGCACUCUUCGAUUGUUGACCGAGGACGAGUGGAGAGGCAUUGGAAUCACGCAGAGCUUGGGUUGGGAGCACUACGAGGUCCAUGCUCCGGAGCCUCACGUCCUGCUGUUCCGCCGUCGUAAAAACUUCAUGGCACCGGCACAUGUUCUGCAACAACAGACAUUGACGUUGAACGCCAGGUCGGGAUUGAAACUUGGAAGAAGGAAGUGAACAUGUCCUGCGUCUUCUCUCAACAUCCCACGUGGUUCCGCAGGUCUUGUAUGUUUGAUGUUCCAGACCGCCACUUUCGCUCCGCCUUUUCCGUUAUCAGUGUCAUGGACAUGUCGCCUCUUUCUGCUCCUUCAUGUAUGACCGCUCCUUGGUCCUGUAUAAAUUUUGUCGUGCCCCGUCUGUAUGCUAUGUUAGUCCGUCAAUAAAGUCCUAUUGUUCUCACACGUUCCCGU